AUGCGCCUGCAGUCCCACAUAAGAAAUGCCCGAUAUUUUUCCGGAUUUACCGGGCUUUUACAAAGGAGCGCCGCGCAGUCACUUGCUGAUAACGUCUGCCCAAUCCAACACCGCCACUCCACAAUCUUUCGACGACCGGCCGUGCCGAAUUUACCUGAUGCCGAUGCGAAGUUGAUCAAUAUUGGCCAUUACAAGGGCGUGAAGGGGACGACGGAGAGGCCGCCAAGGCAAAAUGCUCCUGAAGUCGAGCUCAACCGCAUCGAAAGCCAUAUGCGACAAAAUCAACGAGUGGCGGCUGAAUCGGUGUUUUGCGAUUUGUUGAAGCCGCUGGAGGAAAAACAAGAAACCUUCGUCGCCGCCAUCCGGGCCAACUCGACGCGUUGGGUCCCUACAAUAAUAUACACAUGUGGCCGCACAAUGUCCAACAUCCACAAGUCGAAGCGCCAGAUAAUUUUGCAGCGCAUGCUGAACGCCCUCGAUGCGUUAGAAAUCCCCCUAGACGUGCACGGCUUCAAUUCCUACCUUCGCGUCUUGCUAGAAAAUGACGCCGAUUUCGAUGCAGCUGCUUUGAUGGCGGAAGCAGAGGAGAAGCGGAAACUGACGCUGAACCAGGAGUCCUUCCAACUCUUGCUCGAGCAGCUGUCUCGCCGCGGGGAAAUCGAUUUGUCGAAGAAUUUGUCGUACGUCUUGGCGAAUCGGGGGCUGCUGCUGGACGACAAGUGCAACGCCUCGAUCAUCUACGGGUUUGCGGUGCGCGGGCAUUGGCAGAAGGCAAAGUCGUUGUAUGAGCAAACUGAAGGUCGUUACGGCGUCGAGGCAAGAUCGCUAGCUUUCGACGCGCUGGCAAAAGCCGCUGCUGCUCAAGGGAACACCAAGGAAUUGAGAAAUCUUCUCGCCUCCGAACCGCAUAAGCAGAGCCCAUUGUCAGCCGACGGCUGCUUUGACGUCAUCUGGCUUCUGGCAUCACAACCCAGUGAAGCAGCAGCGCCAGAUAUUGUCCUCAUCGAAAAGCUUCUCAAAGAGAUCGGCUCGCACCCGGCCGGCUUUUUCAAGAGGUUGACGAGAGAGAUUGAGCGCCACAUCACGCACGGUUACUACUACUCGGCCCUCGCCCUGAUUGAGGACGCGAUGAAGGUCCGGACGUUCAUCCAGAACCAACAGCGUCUAGUCCUCGUCGACCAGAUCGUCACCCGGCUCUGCCGCAGCUUCUUUCCAGCCGAGGUGCCGAUCCCGGUAAUUCGAGAGGUGUGCGAUCGGGCGAUGGUGAUGUUGAAGAAUAUCCCGGAGAUUGGAAAGCGUCUUUACGAUGAGAUUCUGAAGUCGAUUUUGAUGUAUAAGGACUUUACGAUCGAUCAGAGAUUCGACCACUUCCGGGCUUUCAUCGAUCAUGUGGACCUGGAACGAGAACGGCAUCACCUGAUUUUACCCCUACUUGCCAACUGCGACGACACCGAGCAGCGGCUGAAAUACCUCUUCCGGUGCACCAACCUCGGCUACAAGGAUAUUUCCAAGCUGGACGAGCGCACGUUCGCCAAGCUGGUCCUGCAGCCGUUGUAUGAGCAACAGCGCGAGCGUACAAAGAUGGGCCGCAAAUUCUCGCGACUCGACAACGUCGUGCGCAUCCUGACGAGCUACGGCUUUGACCAGGAGGUGAUCUGGAAGACGCUGUACAAUUGGCGCACGUCGUUGAGAGCCGCUGAAGAUGCAAAGACGAAUAAGCCGGAGUGGCCGUCGUCGGUGAUCUUGGCUGAUUGGCUACGCAAAACCUACGCCCCGCUUUUCGUGAUGGACCAAGAACCGAAAAAGAGCUCAAUCGUGCCCACCUUUGGCCUUCUACAAAAUUUCGUCGCAACGAAGGACGGCGAUAAAGUCCAUUCCUUCAUCGCCACCUACGGCUGGCCAGAAGACACGGAUUUUGAGGAGAUUGUCCCGAAGAUUAUCGACCUCUACCUCGAGCAGCUCGACUGGCCCAAGAUUCAGAUUAUGCUGGCCACGCUAUCCGCGCAACAACACCGAUGGCCGGUCGAGAAGGAGACUGGCGUUACGAUAUCGCCGAUCAAGAAUUACCACCUGAUUCGGCUUUGCCGCGAGCGCCUCUACAGCCUGAGUCAACCGCGUGACCAUCGGCUGCCUGAGAGCGAGCUGACCGUCGAGGCCGAGCAUAUGGAUGGCGGAAAUAAGGCCACGGAUCCGCUCAUGCGCAAUUUGAUCGUCUACUGCUAUGAGUUGAAGCGCCUUUUCCCGACGACCGAAACCAGCUACGAGACGUUCUUCGAGACGAUGUUCGAGUACCGGAAGCUGUUCAGCGAGUGCUUCAAGGCUCCCGGGCUGACGCAAACGCGAGUAGAGGACAGCCUCGAGCUGUUGCGCAACAUGAUCAAACUCGGCCUCCUCCACCUUCACGCCAACGAGCUGCUGACGGUCGGCAUCGUGGAGCAGGUGCUCUAUCAUUUUGGCUGGAACACGGCGGUGAACAUUUGGCUGAAACUCCAGGCCACGUUCUACUCGUCCAACGGCGUCCUACCGAUAUUGAGGGCAGCCAUCACAGCCGCCAUCCGCGACGACUCGAAGAAGGCCGACUUGCAGUUUGUCCUCCACAAGGCUCAGACAUCAAUGCCGUCGGGGCGGCUGUACGCCAUCUACUCGGCGCUGCUCGUCACGAUGCAGGAGUACGACAAGGCCGAGGCCGUCAUCAAGGAGCAUAGGGGCGUCAUCACACCGGAGCACAUCGUCUCCACCUUCCGCUUCGUCAUCUCGGCCAAGAAGCCGGCCUACGAGCAGAAUUGCUACAACUUUUGCCGGUUGAUGCUGCAGCACUCGAGCCUGCCCGAAGAUAAGAAGGCGUGCGUCGACAUGCAGAACGAGUGGCUCCGGAAUUGUGAGCGCCUCAAGAUGGGGCGUUUCGCGAUGAAGAUGCACGAGCUGUUCAUGGACGCCGGCGUCGAGAUGAGCGCCAACGACCAGCAGACGAUCGACACGAUGGCCAAGAACCAGGCGGCAUUGAUCACGCGCUGGGUGUGCAAGCCGUCCGGGCUGCUGAACCUCUCGCUCGACGACCCGAUCAUCACCACGUCGGAGUUGUGGCGACGCGCGCCGCAGCUGCGCUCAGAGAAUUCU